GAAGAGCUUGAGCAAACAUUUGAUUAGUUGUUUCAAUUUCGCAUUUGAGGGCAAGUGACGUAGCUGGGUUAUACACAUAAUAGCAACAUCUGUUAUGCCAUAGAACUGGCACGGCAUUUGCCAAAAAAUUUUACUACAAAAGGGGCCCCGAACUGAUCAGUCAGCAUCGAAAGCAGUUCAAGCAACAAUCAAACCAAAUCAUCAAUAUGCAGUCCAACAAAGUUAUCUUCCUAGUCUUCGGUGUCCUGGCCCUGGUCAUUGCCGCAAGCCUGUCCAGUGAGGCUGUGGAGCAAGACAGCGAAGGUAUCAGCGAUCGUCGCUAUCGUUGGGCUUCGGAAGAGGACAACUCCGAGGAUAACUCGCAAGCCUCAGGGGAAGAUGCUGACGAGGAAGAUCAGGAUGAUCAGGGCAACAAUUCUGGAGAUGAUGGCACCUGGGAAGAGGAAAUCAUUGAAUAUGUGCCAGCCGAACAGUCCUGGGAAGACCUGGAGAGUGGCUCUGCUGAAGCUUAAAUCAAUUUAAAUGUUUAUCAAUAUUGUUUCUUA